CUUGUGUUCAUAGCAAUCUCUAUCUUGCAACACUUCUAAUUCAGUCGAUUGAUUUAUUUUCACUUUGUCCGAUAUUUUCUUCAAGAGAAAAUGUUACACAUCAAGGAAACCUUGCAAAACAUUAAUCCCAGUUACAAAGGAGUUGGAAAUUUGCUACUCGACAGCCAUGACGACGACGCACAGUGGAACAUUUUACAAGAAAAUGUUAGUCUCCCUGCUGCCACAUUGUCUUCGUCAGCCAUAAAUCAUAACCAGUUGUGGAUGGAGACAUUCGCUGAAAGAUUUAAAUUUCUCUUGGCUCCACACGGUAAGACGACAAUGCUGCCCGGAUUGUUCAGUUUGCAAGUCGCCUCGCAAUUCUGCUACGGAAUGACGCUAGCAACCGUUUCUCAGGUUACUGUAGCGUUUAAAAGUGGAAUCAAACGAGUGAUAAUGGCCAAUCAACUCGUCGGAAAAUGUAACAUGGACAUCAUAUCAACGAUUAUGGAAAACGAUCCAACGUUUGAGUUUAUUUGCCUGGUGGAUUCGUCCGAAAAUGUAGCCCAGAUAGGCCAGUUCUUUGGGAAACGUAAACAAAAUGUGAAGGUCCUGCUAGAGUACGGUGUGGACGGUGGUAGAACUGGAAUUAGGGAUGAGAAUCGGGAGAGGACAGUGUUGACAGAAUUACGAAAUUGGACUGAUUCUGUUUCGGUUGUUGGGGUGGAGUUCUUCGAAGGAAUUUUACAAGAUGCAACAGAGAUUCGACGUUUUAUCAGUUGGUCACUAUCUCGAGUGCAGAAACUGGCAGCCGACAAUGUUUUUAUCAACGACGAAAUUAUCAUUACCGGUGCGGGUACAUCAUGGUUUGACAUAGUUGCAGAAGACUUUCUAAAGUUUCAAGAGAACUGUCCGCUUCGACUAAAGAAAAUUAUCCGGUCCGGCUGCUAUCUUAUCUACGAUAACGGAUUGUAUGCACAAAUGGAAAAAAGGGUCUCGGAUAUGAACUUCGGAGAAGGUAACGAAUGGAAAAUUUUGUCAGAAAGUCUCAAGCCGACACUAAAGGUUUGGGCGUAUGUUCAAUCGAUACCCGAAAAGAAUCUAGCAAUUAUCGGAAUGGGUAGAAGAGACGCGGGGAAUGAUUCCGGCUUCCCAGUUCUGCAUCUACAUUUCAGGCCUGGUCAAGCAGCACCGACCUAUUACGAUAAGACCAAAUAUCCGGAAGUAUUUAAGAUGAUGGACCAGCACACUUUUCUGCGAAUUGGAGACGAUGACGACUUUCAGGUGGGUGACAUUGUUGCUUUCGAUAUUUAUCACGCAUGUACAACCAUGGAUAAAUGGAGAAAUGUCUUGCUGAUCGACGAUGAAUUUAAUGUACGCCAAAUAUUUCAAUCGGAAUUUUAAGACGUUAUGUGAACGAUAAUGACCAGUCAUUGUCGGUGAGCUUGCGAAAUAAAUAAGAGUCAAAUU